GCAUGUUUACCACGGAAGUAAACUUUCUUCCAUGACUUUUUCUUUUGCUAACCCUAAGAGCGUUUCGUUGUAAAGUAAACAAGAAAAUGGCGCUCAUUUGCUGCAUAAAUGGUUGUAAAAAUCGGUACUCGCCAGGCAGUCAUAUCAAGUUUUAUAGAAUACCAUCCGGGUCUCGAGUGUUUCAAGCCGAAAGACGGCAAUUGUGGUUAGAUGCUAUCCAAAAAGCGAACGGCAGCACCAAGAAGCUAAACCAGCAGAGUCGGAUUUGUGGCGCUCAUUUUAUCUCUGGAGAAGCGUCCCCUGACUACGACAUGCCUGACUAUGUGCCCACUGUGUUUACAUGCACAAAGCAGAGGCCGAACUCAAAGAAAAAAAGAGUGGAAUGGAUUUACCGCUCCAGAAAAAAACGCCGCCGUCGGGCCAAUGCAGGGACGGAGAGUACAAGUUUUUCUGGACAAAACACCCCUGAAAAGGCGCCACCAUCCCCAAUAGUGCAAGAGGAGGUGGAAUUGCAGACUGAAGAGAUUUUGACUGAAACAGUUUGCCUGCAAACAGCAUCAAACCUAAACACUGUAUCACCAUCACCAAUGGAAUCCGUACCACAGGGAAUGAGUCCUGUUGUCAUCCUUAAGUCCAUUCUGUCACCAGCAGGUGGCUUUUUCUGUGAUCUAUGCCAUCAGACCUUCCACAAUGUAUCAGAGCUCAUAAACCACCACCGGCUGCACCACGUACAGCUGUCUUCUGGCACAGUUGAAGCACCUAUGUCAGCUGUAGCCUCAGGAAACUUGGAGGUACUUGUGACAACUGGAGCUAUGGAAACCAGUAAGACACCUGCGACAGGUGAAGUCACAGAAAACAGGGAGGCGCCUGCUGUAGAAGCCCCGUCUAUUAUCACAGAUGAGCCGUCCUUUCCAUGUAACAUGUGCGAUCGGUCAUUCACUACAAGUCAGAACCUGAAGCGUCACAAACUGCUGCAUGUUAAAGAUGGCAGAAAGUGCCCCAAGUGCAGUGCUCUUUUCUGCCGACGCCACAACCACAUUCCCUUUCAGCCCCGGGUAGUUCCUGUUAUGGAGUCUGAGGAGGAUUCCCUUUCUGAGGAAGAGGAGGAGGUGGAGGAGCAGAAGGGGAGAGAGGAGGAGAAGGAUAUGAAGGAUGAGGAGGGGGAACAGGAGGAGCAGGAACAUUUAGAUUGCAGCUCAACUGCAGAAAAUAUUCAGCCAAAUAAGGUGGAGCCAAAUAAAGCUGAAGAAAAGAUCAGUCAGAUCUCAUCAGUACUUCAGCCUCAACGCAAUGUUCCUGUCAUUUGUGUUUUGUCUUUACCCAGAAUUGCACAAAUUGUCCCAAAGCUCCCCAUCUUGCAAAUCAAAACACCUGUCCUGACAUCAGCAAAAACGCCUGCUCUGCCCCGCCCAUCUUCUCCAACAAACUUGAAUAAAUCCGUGGUGCCAAAAAUGAAUCCCAGUAGUCUUCCUGAUGUACAUCCAGAACUGCCCCCAUCUCUGGGGCUCUUUUCACCUCACCGCCUCACCUCCUCUCUGCUUGAAGUUAAAAGAAAUUAUGAUUAUAUUCUGAACAGACCAAAAAAAACACAGGAUCCUGUUGUAAAGAAGCCCAGUGAGACUUUCCUCAUUUUUCCGGGUCAGCAGAAACCUGUUCAAGAAACCGCUCAAGUCAAAAGAGAAAAAAUUGCUUUUGAUAUCGAGAUCAUCCUGUAAGAUUUGGCAUUCCUGUGCUUUUACUGUGGUGUAAUAAUCAGAAUGAGCUGUUUGCUUUAACUGAAACAACUGUUGCGUUAUUACUCCUGGUCUCCUGUUUGCUUUCAGGACUGAGGCAUUAUAUUGUACAGUUUCUUCCAGUUUUAUGAAAUAUCCUUUUUAUUUUUUAUUUCGUGUAUCUUAUCAAUGCACAGUCCUGUGGCUCAGUAUUGUGACAAAUGUGAAAAAGUGCCCCUUAUCUCAGUUCUGCAAAUAACUUUAUAUUUGCACCAUUAGUUUGUUGCUGCUUAGUUAAUAAUGUAAACUAGAUAAUCUAGACUGCUGACAUUUAAAAAUCUACCUCAGUUACCGGAACACAAAAGCUCCAACUUUAAGCUACAAUACUUGCAGUGUUGCUUUGCCAUAUUUUCACCAAACCUGCCAUGAAUAUACUAAUUUUUAUUUUUCUUAAGUGAUAAAACAUUGUGGCAUUUUGAGUGAAGGAUUUCAGACUCAAAGAAAUGUGUAUUCUCCAACAACCAUAAAUCGUCAGCUUCAGAUCAGUUUGGUCUGUGCUGAGGUGAGUGUUUUGUGUAACAUUUUCAAAUUAAGCUGCAAAAAUCAAUGCCUGAUUUUUUUGUUUGUUUACAUUAGAGAAUUUCCUUUAAAGUAGGCAUUUUAAGUGGUUCAAGGAAUGAUUUGCUACGUCUGUAUUGUGUCGGCUUUUCGUCAUGUCCACUCUCUAAACAAUAUGAAUGUUGGAUUUGCAGAACAGAACCUGACAUAAUUCCUGAUGAAGAUAUGGAUGAUUAGGAGGAUUUGCUGUAAAAACAUAGGAAGUUUUACUUUUGGACUACAAUAGAAGAUAAAGUAAAGUGUCUAAUGUAAUAUAAAUUUAGAGCAACUGUUUAGAUGAUGUGUUUUCAAAUAAACCAUCUUUCUUAUACUGCAUUUCA